AUGCCGCUGCUCAACGAUGUCAUGAAAGAGGCUUUACGCCUUUUUGAAGGUUGUCCGAUGAUUGCAACCGCUACUUGCGCAGAUGAAAUAUACAAAACGUUUUCCCGCCCCCCAUAUUUACCGCCGGAAGAUGCAGACGACGGGAUGUGGAUGACAGCCAAUCAAAAACUUGAGGACUUGUUUGGUCGAGAUGGUCAGAAGAACAUCUUAAAAGGCCCUGAAGGCAUUGCUUUGGUCAUUGACUGGAUCAAUAAGGCGCGCAAGCACCCUUCAUGGGAUUCACCAGUAGACAAAGAACGCAGACUACAUAAAAAAGGCAAUUUUGAUUCGGGAUCCGAUUUGUUGAUUAAGGUCAAAUUUGAGCGUAUUUGUACAAGCGUUGAGGAACUUCAAGAAUCUCUUCCAACUGGAUCUCAACCUGCUCAACCCAUACCGAACCGGUCAAAUGGAAUAAAGCGUUGGAUUGUAUCAAACUCGACUCUUGAUCUCAACGUUUCAGUCGCCGAGGAGCCUAAACCCCCUCCGAAACGACAGCAAAAAGUAGCAGGUGGAUCUACUACAAUUUUAAUCUCAUCUGAAGAUGAGAUUGUAUUUGUUAAAAGUAAUGUUAAAGGAUCAAAAACAGGCAAAAAUUCAAAGAAAAAAAACAUGAUUGAUCUAUGCCCGCUCUCGAAACCAGACCAGCCUUGCAUACGUUGCAAGGUUGAGCCCCACGAAAAGGGUAAGAUUUUCACGUGUCACUGUGGUGCGUCACCAGUCACUCUGCGUCGAGGACGGAUUGAAGCUGCACAAGUGCACUGGAAAAGUGCUAUGUGUAAGAACGCUACGGCUGCCCUGAGAACCAACACGCUCUUGAGCACGUAUUUUGUCAAAGACCCGGCCCUUCAACCCGUCAACAAGAACAUCAUCGACACGGUCUGCCUAGGUCUUACUGAUGAAACCUGGGUUCGACCUCGAGCCACCCAGACGAUUGCGCAAUUCAUGGAGAGCACUUGUACAAUCUAUUGCGGUAUUGACCGACACAAACUCUGCAAAGAACUCUUUGGACCUGAUAUCCGCGAGAAUGAUCUUAUCCCAUCGCAAAAAGCGCAAUUUCUUGCAACAAUGGACGCACGUGGAACAUGGGUGGUCAAGCGAAACGGUGACCGGAAUGCCAUCUACUCGACAUCUUGCGAGAAGACUUUCAAACGACACAAAAAAGACCCUACUCAAACUUGCAAACCAUGCCUUGAUUUGAAAGAGGUUGACAGUGUGGUUUCAGCUAUCAACCAUAAAUAUGCUGACAACGACAACUUCAAAUUUACACCCACCACCUUGCUAGGUAUCGAUACAUACCAUACUCUUAGGAGAAAGCACUUGGAGAAGCUAUCACUCAUGGCUAAGAAGGGACUUUUCCAGAACCGUGAAGCGAUGAAAGGCAUGAUAAUGGGAUGUUCUAUACGUGCCGAGCGCGAGGAGGCAGGAAAAUCUCUCUGA